UACCAAAAAUGGCUAGCCUCAAUUUUGGCAAUGAACGCAACCACACUUCUACCUUUAACAACAAUCCACUAGACCCUGAGGAGUUCAGGCGGCAAGGCCACAUGUUGAUAGACUUCAUUGCUGAUUAUUAUCUGAAUGUUGAGAAAUACCCUGUUCAAAGCCAAGUGGAACCAGGAUAUCUCCGGCAACGCUUGCCAGAAUCCGCUCCAUGUAAUCCAGAGCCCAUCGAAACCAUUCUGAAGGACGUGCAGGAGCAUAUAGUUCCUGGUAUAACACAUUGGCAAAGCCCUAACUUCUUCGCCUACUUUCCAAGCAGUGGUAGCACAGCAGGGUUUCUAGGCGAGAUUCUUAGUGCCGGAUUUAAUGUGGUCGGAUUCAACUGGAUUGCUUCUCCGGCCGCCACUGAGCUUGAGACAAUAGUCGUGGAUUGGCUUGGAGAGAUGCUCAGGCUGCCCAAAUCCUUCCUUUUCUCUGGCAAUGGCGGGGGUGUGCUACAAGGGACCACUUGUGAAGCCAUUUUGUGCACACUCGUCGCUGCCAGGGAUCAAAUGCUAAGCAAAAUCGGGAGAGACAACUUGAGAAGGUUGGUGGUUUAUGGGUCCGACCAAACGCAUAGUGCACUCCAAAAGGCAGCAAGAAUAGCCGGAAUCCACCCGAAAAAUUUCAGAGCUGUCAAGACAACAAAGUCGACAUCAUUUGCACUGUCACCAGACUCACUGAAAUCCGAAAUUUGCAAAGACAUAGAAGAAGGUUUAGUCCCGUUGUUUCUAUGUGCCACUGUGGGGACUACUUCAACAACUGCCGUUGAUCCACUGGGCGCGUUAUGCCACGUGGCAAAAGAUUAUGGCAUGUGGGUGCACGUCGAUGCUGCUUAUGCCGGAAGUGCGUGCAUUUGCCCUGAGUUCCGGCAUUUCAUGGACGGCGUUGAGGGUGCGAACUCAUUUAGUCUCAAUGCUCAUAAAUGGUUCUUAACCACUUUAGAUUGCUGCUGCCUUUGGGUGAAAGAUCCGAGUGCCUUGAUAAAAUCACUCUCGACGAACCCCGAGUUUUUGAGGAAUAAAGCCACCGAGUCAAGGCAAGUGGUGGAUUACAAAGACUGGCAGAUAACCCUAAGCCGGAAGUUUCGAGCCUUGAAGCUGUGGUUUGUGCUUAGAAGCUAUGGCGUGGCUAACCUUAAGAACUUCUUGAGAAGCCAUGUUGAAAUGGCCAAGCUUUUUGAAGGGCUUGUAGCAAUGGACAAGAGGUUUGAAAUUGUGGUGCCUAGAAAUUUUGCUAUGGUUUGUUUUAGGGUUUUGCAAAAAGCAAUGGGUAUGCGUCAGCUAAAGCAAGCACACCAAAACGGUCACGUUGAAAAUGGUCAUAAGGUUGUAGAAGAAGAAGAAGGAAGCUCAAAUGAGGUGAACCAGAAGUUAUUGGAGUCCAUUAACAUGUCAGGCCGCGUUUUCAUGACCCAUGCCGUGGUUGGAAAGGUCUACGCCAUACGGUUCGCCGUCGGCGCCUCUCUGGUAGAGGAACGGCACGUGAUCAUGGCUUGGAAAGUGGUGCAGGAGCAUGCAACAGCCAUACUAAGCACCAACUGACAUUUGAGAGAUCAUCCUCAUCCUCCAAGUUGUUUGUUAUCUUUAAUUCCGAUUCUUAGAAUAUUUUAUAUUGUUCUAGUUUAUUAUGUUGCCUUAUAAUAUGUUUUAAGGUUUAGUUUAAGGUUUUUUGCUUAUCACUCUUAGCCUCUCUAUAUAUAAAGGCCUAUGUAAUAAUCAUAAUAUUAUCAAUAUAGAAGAG